CGAGAAACGGGGAGCGCUUGACUUUUUUAAUCAUUACGUAAAACACUGGGCAAAUGUGAAGUCCAUGAACGUUACAUCCGUUUCUAGCAUACGGCAUUCUGGGUCUUGUAGUUGUCAUUUAACAUUCUACUCUUUGUUAUUCCCUCCUUGGACACGUUAGAACUACAUUUCCCAGGUAGCCGUUAUCAGUACCCAGAAACCACCCGCCCCUUUACUGGACAGUUUUUAAAACACGACUAAUAGCACGUAGGCAUGCAACUUAUGACAGAGUCAAGAGUUGUUCCUACUCAUUGAUCAGUUAUUGUUGUCACUUCACUGAAGAUAGCAAAACUUAAGUGUUUUUCUUGAAAAUGGCGUCCAUCGUUCUUUUAUCGGUAAAGCAGACGGCUCAGACCAAAGCAAAACGGUGUUUGGGUUCUCGAUUAAAGGGUCUCGCAGGUGCUGGUGGCCCAUCCGCGACUUUCCUUCCGGGAAGGGAAUGGCUUUCCAAAGACUUGAACUUACGGUUCAUGUCCCACGGGACCGCUGGUCGGUCUGCAGCCGGGACAACUAAAAGGGGAGCCCUGGCGUUUAGUGGUGCGGUGGCGGUGACCGCCGCAGCGGUGGCGGGCUUUCUGGCUAAUGCUAAUCACUUCCAACGGGCAGAGAUGGCGACCACAAUCCCCCAGAAGGCAAAGAAGAAGAAGGAAGAAGAGGGGGACAUUGCGCAAAGAUGUAGGGGCUUCAUGUCGGUCCCAGUGACUGACAUCAGUGUACUGGAGAAAAGGAAGGAUGAGAUGAGCACCAAGAUGGAGAUGCUGAUCAUGGAGACGCAGGCUGAGUUCUGCAAAGCCCUGGAGGAAGUGGACGGUGGGACAUUCAAGGUGGACAAAUGGCAAAGGAAGGAAGGUGGUGGAGGAAUCAGCUGUGUGAUGCAGGAUGGAAAGGUGUUUGAGAAGGCAGGAGUUAAUGUGUCGGUGGUGUUCGGGUAUCUGACUGAGGAGGCUGCGAAACAAAUGAGAAGCAGAGGGAAAGUCCUCAAAGGGAAAGACGGUAAGCUGCCAUUUUGUGCCAUGGGUGUGAGCUCCGUCAUCCACCCCAAGAACCCUCACAUACCGUCAGUUCACUUCAACUACAGAUACUUUGAAAUAGAAGAGGAGGAUGGCUCCAAGCAGUGGUGGUUUGGUGGAGGAACAGACCUGACCCCGGUGUAUAUUGACAGAGACGACGCCUUUCUGUUCCACAACACCCUGAAGGAGGCCUGUGACAAACAUCACCCGAAGUACUACGCAGACUUUAAAAAAUGGUGUGACAGGUACUUCUACGUCCGUCACAGAGGAGAGACCCGGGGCAUCGGAGGAAUCUUCUUUGACGACCUUGACUCCCCAAAUCAGGAGGAGGCGUUCAACUUUGUUAAGAGCUGCGCUCGAACCGUGGUGCCCUGUUAUCUUCCCAUUGUGAGGAAACAUCUUAAUGAUUCCUUCACUCAAGAGGAGAAGGACUGGCAACAGGUGCGACGAGGAAGAUAUGUAGAGUUUAACCUGGUAUAUGACAGAGGAGUAAAGUUUGGCCUUGCUACACCUGGCUCUAGAAUCGAGAGUAUCCUCAUGUCGCUCCCCCUCACAGCCAGGUGGGAGUACAUGCAUGAGCCUGGUAAAGGUUCCCGGGAGGCGGAGAUGCUGGAAGUACUCAGAAACCCAAAGGAGUGGGUGUGAGCGCCGCAAUCACAAGUUUACAGAAACAACCUUUGUAGUAUUUUGUAAAGCUGUAACCUGUUUUACCAGACCUGCGUUUAUAAGGAAAUAUCAGGUUUCAUCAGUUGUCUGAGGACUUUAUUUGCACUGUUAAUUUUCCUUCCUUCAUGUAUUUUCAAAUCAGCCUUUUAAAAGCUUUAAGGAUAAUGUUUAAGAAUUGAGUUUUGUGCCAUUUGUCUCUUCUUAGUUGAAUGAAUCACAUAAAUUACCUUCAUAGAUUUCCUGCUUAUAGAUCUGUAUCUUUUUUACUCAUAAUGGCAACCAUAAUUCUUUUCCUUUCUCUUAUUUUUUAAUAUUCCUGUGACUUGAAUUAGUCCUCUAAUCUUCUCAUGUAUUUAUUGAAGCACUGAAAGGGAAAAGGACAAACUGAAUGUAUGUGCUUUUACCACUGAUGUACCAGAAACAAUAAAUCAGAUUUUGACAUAUCCCU